AUAUAUGCGAUGCGGAGCAAAUAUGUCAGACAUCUUUUCAGGUUCUUCUAGCCGCCCCAUUCGUCUAGUCCCCGCCUACUCACCCAAUCUUUAUAUACGGAUUCUCCGUAGUGGUAGGCCCCUUUGUCAGUCUGUGCUGUCCUCAAGUUCACGUAGAGUUUUUCGGAGGUCCAAAUACCAAGCACAAUGACCGAUGAACGCACAUUUAUUGCCAUCAAGCCCGACGGUGUGCAGAGGGGACUCAUCGGGGAGAUCAUCAAGCGCUUUGAGCAGAAGGGAUUCAGGCUGGUUGCCAUGAAAUUCAUCCAGGCCUCUGAAGAACUCUUGAAGCAGCACUACAUCGACCUGAAGGACAGGCCGUUCUACAAUGGGCUGGUCCAGUACAUGAAAUCUGGUCCUGUUGUUGCCAUGGUGUGGGAAGGCCUUAAUGUUGUAAAGACUGGUAGAGUAAUGCUGGGAGAGACCAAUCCCGCAGACUCCAAACCUGGUACAAUCCGUGGGGACUUCUGCAUCCAGGUUGGCAGGAACAUCAUCCAUGGCAGCGAUGCUGUAGAAAGUGCCAAGACUGAGAUCAACCUGUGGUUUAAACCCGAAGAGCUGGUGUCCUACAAGAGCUGUGCCCAUGACUGGAUCUAUGAGUAAAUGUCCUGUGCCAUUCAUCCCCAGUUGUCCUUCGUUCAGCUUGAUCUCUCUCCUUGUGGAUUUGGACCGAAUAAUUUGUACUGUCUGCUUUGUGAAUGAUGAGCACUUGUCAAUAAAGCAUUGAACCUUAAAAUGUCCUUCAUUUUAAACUGCAUUAAAAUCGAGCCUUAACUUCUUGGA